AUGGAGAAGUAUGAGGCUGUCAGGGAUAUAGGAUCUGGCUCAUAUGGCGUCGCCAAGCUCAUGAGGAACAAAGAAACUAAGGAGCUGGUCGCCAUGAAAUACAUCAAGCGCGGCAGCAAGAUUGAUGAGAACGUUGCCAGAGAAAUCAUCAACCACAGAUCACUUCGCCAUCCAAACAUCAUUCGCUUCCAACAGGUUCUUUUGACACCUACGCAUCUUGUCAUCGUUAUGGAGUAUGCCGCAGGCGGCGAGCUAUUUCAGAGAGUUCGCAAUUUUGAAAUGUUCUGUGAAGACGAGGCCAGGUACUUUUACCAGCAGCUUAUCUCAGGUGUUAGCUACUGUCAUUCUCAGCAAAUCUGCCAUAGAGAUUUGAAGCUGGAGAAUACCUUGCUUGAUGGAAGCCCGGCCCCGUGCGUCAAGAUUUGUGAUUUUGGUUAUUCUAAGUCGACACGGCAUUCAAGACAGAAGUCCCUUGUGGGAACUCCGUUGUAUAUUGCACCUGAGGUGCUUUCUAAGAAAGAAUAUGACGGCAAGAUGGCGGAUGUGUGGUCAUGUGGAGUGAGUUUGUAUGUGAUGCUGAUGGGAGCACACCCAUUUGAAGACCGAAAAGAUCCACUGAAUUACAGAGAAGCGUUUAAGCGAAUAAAGGCUGUGGAGUACAAGAUCCCCAACCAUGUUCACAUCUCUCAAGAUUGUAGACAUCUCCUCUCUCGCAUUUUUGUUGCAGAUCCAGCAAGGAGGAUCACCAUUGAAGAGAUCAAGAAGCACCCUUGGUUCUUGAAGAACUUGCCGAGAGGGCUUACGAAAGAAGCCCAAACUAUACUCUACAGAGAAGAAAACCAAACCUCUUCCCUGCAAAGUGUUGAAGAAAUCAUGAAGAUAGUUCAAGAAGCCAAAAAUAUUCCUCCCCCAGAUUCCCGAUGGGUUGGAGGCUGUGGCUGGGAAGGACGGGAAGAUGGAGAUGCAAAGGGUAAGGUAAAGGAGGGCAACCUCAAGAAGACAAAUAUCAAAAAACAGCCAAAGAAGCACAUCAAAGUCUAG